UCGACGACACAAACUCUUCACAAAACCUUCCCUUUGAUUAUUCCGUGUUAUUUACUUACCAUUUCUCAUAAAACGUUGCAUUCUCUGCCGUUUCAAGGACCAUCAGAGGCCAUGGAAGUAGUGGACAAGGCGAAGAUGGUGUUUGAGGAGACUGAGUUGAGGCUAGGGUUACCAGGAAAUAAUGGUGGAGGGAGCGAAGGAGAGGUGGCUAGGAAGAGAGGCUUCUCUGACACUGUGGAUUUGAAGCUUAAUCUUUCUUCCAAAGACCCUGUCAUUGAUUCAAAUGGUAACACCGACAACUUACCAAGAGAGAAUAAUCUUCUCGCUACUGAUCCAGAAAAGCCUCCAGCUAAGGCGCAAGUAGUGGGUUGGCCACCAGUCCGAUCCUUCAGAAAGAACAUGCUAUCUGUCCAAAAGAGCAGCACUGAGGACUGUGAACAGAAGCUGAAUGCAACCUUUGUGAAGGUUAGCAUGGAUGGGGCACCUUACCUCCGAAAGGUAGACUUGAAGAUGUACAAGAGCUACCAGGAGCUCUCUGAUGCCCUAGGAAAAAUGUUCAGUUCCUUCAGUACUAUAGGAAACUGUGGAUCCCAAGGGAUGAAAGAUUUCCUGAAUGAGAGCAAGCUCAUAGAUCUUCUUAAUGGCACUGACUAUGUCCCAACUUAUGAAGAUAAGGACGGUGACUGGAUGCUAGUGGGUGAUGUCCCAUGGGAGAUGUUUGCUGAAUCAUGCAAGCGGCUGCGUAUAAUGAAAGGAACGGAGGCAACUGGGCUUGCACCAAGGGCCAUGGAGAAACGCAAGAACAGAAGCUGAAGUAGUGGUAGAGAAACCAGAGCCUGCUCCUUUGAUCUAAAGCAGGAAAAUUAAAGCUCGCAGGUUGUUAGGGGUUGUGUGGUGUGUUAAUGGGUUUGUUUUUGUUAUACGCUAGUGGUUGAGUAUUGAUUUAAUUGGUGUGGACAGUCUUUUUCAAAGUUGUAAGAGUUGGGUUAUGUCUGGGCUUGUUUAGCGUUAAUUAAUGAUUUGUAAUAAUUAAUUAAUUAUGUAACUGUUUGUUUCUUGCAGUUAUUAAUAUUGUGUGCUCCAAUUCCUUCAAUUAAUUAUUUAUUUUGGAUUU